AUGUGGAAACCAGUGGACCUUCCCUUCCAGAACUCCCAGUCUCUGUCUCCACUACCUACAACAGAUGAAAUUCGCGCUUGCACCAAUGUUCUCUGGGAGACCACGGCGUCCAAGGUCGUGACAAUCAACGACAAUAUUGUCGUGAAAUACGGAGGUUGUAUCAAUACCUGUGAAGGCCAGGCGUUGAUUUAUCUUGAACGCCAUGUCCCCGAAGUUCCAGCCCCUCGACUGUACGCGAUGUACUAUGAGGGCAAACAACUUUUCCUAGUCAUGCAACGCAUCCCCGGCGUGCAGCUGAAUGCCAUCUGGCCAACAUUAACCCCAUCCGAGAAGGAUGGCAUUAUAGCAAAACUUCAAUUAAUAUUCAACACCAUACGAAACGCCGAGUGCCCAUGGCCCGACUUUUACGGUGGCUUGGACGGCGGCGGCGUACAUCACUACCUAUUUUACAGCCAGCACGGCGAUCAGAAGUUUCUAGGGCCUUUCACUGGUGAACCUGCCUUCGUCGCGGGCCUGGUGGGUAAUUAUAGGGCCUUAGUCGAACGCAAUAAUCAUCCGGAUUACAAGGCUCGCUUUUACGAGAAAUACCUCGCUCGCGUUCUUCAGGGUCACCGCCUACAUUGA